AUGGCGGCGCUCAGCGCGGGACGGGCGGCCGCCGGGGGUCUCCUGCGCGCCCAGAGCCUCGGGGCGUGGAGGGGCCUGCGUGCCUCCGCCGCCCUCCAGCAGAUCCCGCGGGCCAAGUCAGAAAAUGCGAAGUCUGAGAGCACGUUCCAGGUCACCAUGCUGCCGGGAGACGGGGUGGGCCCGGAGCUCAUGCACGCCGUCAAGGAGGUGUUCAAGGCUGCCAGCGUGCCGGUGGUCUUCGAUGAGCACCACCUGAGCGAGGUGCAGAACAUGGCGUCGGAAGAAAAACUGGAUCAGGUGGUUGACUCUAUGAAGGAAAGUAAAGUCGCCCUUAUAGGCAAGAUCCACACCCCCAUGGAGUACAAGGGAGAGCUGGCUUCUUACGACAUGAGGCUCAGGCGCAAAUUAGACUUGUUUGCAAAUGUCGUCCAUGUGAAGAGCUUACCGGGCUAUAAAACACGCCACAACAACUUGGACCUCGUGAUCAUUCGUGAGCAGACAGAGGGGGAGUACAGCUCUCUGGAACAUGAGAGUGCAAAGGGAGUCAUCGAGUGCCUGAAGAUCAUCACCCGGGCCAAGUCGCAGCGCAUUGCCAAGUUCGCCUUUGACUACGCCACCAAAAAAGGGCGCUCUAAGGUCACGGCUGUGCACAAAGCCAACAUCAUGAAAUUAGGCGAUGGGCUCUUCCUGCAGUGCUGUGAAGAAGUGGCAGAGCUGUACCCCAAGAUCAAAUUUGACACCAUGAUCAUUGACAACUGCUGCAUGCAGCUGGUGCAGAACCCCUACCAGUUCGACGUCCUGGUCAUGCCGAACCUCUACGGGAACAUCAUCGAUAACCUGGCAGCCGGCUUGGUGGGCGGAGCUGGCGUGGUUCCCGGGGAGAGCUACAGCGCCGAGUACGCCGUGUUCGAGAUGGGCGCCCGCCACCCCUUCGCCCAGGCCGUGGGCAGGAACAUCGCCAAUCCCACUGCCAUGCUGCUCUCGGCCGCCAACAUGCUGCGGCACCUCAACUUGGAAUUUCACUCCAAUUUGAUCGCGGACGCGGUGAAGAAGGUGAUCAAAGUCGGAAAAGUUCGGACACGGGACUUGGGCGGUUACUCCACCACUUCUGACUUCGUGAAGUCUGUGAUUGACAACCUGCACCCCCACUAUGGUGCCUAGGAACCCCGCUCGCCCCGGGGAGUUGGGGACUCCACUGCACCCUGCAGCAGCUUCCCGUAGCUUACAGCCCAGCAGCGCGGCCUGCCCCCUCCCUGCCUGCCACAGCUCGCCCUGGCCGAGGUUCCCUGGGGGGAGGAGGAGGAGGAGGAGGAGGGUGGCUCUCCUCCUGCCCAGCCCAGAGCCCAGUAACCACCCCCAGUCACCACCAGCGGGGAUUGCUGUGCGUCUCCCCUGUGCCUUCCGUGCGAGGAAGGGCAGUGCGGAUCUCGGGGCCUGCUGGGGCGACUCGGGGAUGCACGGGCAGCGCCCCAGGCUGGGCAGGCAGCUCCCAGGGACAGCGGGACCACGGUUACUGUAGGAGCUUUCUCCUGCCCGCAGAGGCUUUAGCAAUAAACGGGACCGCAGGGCUGAGGCCCCCGCAGCCAGGAACGCACAAGGGCAAGCUGCUCGCACAGAGCGAGGGUCCCCUUUCUGGCACAACGCUCUCUUUGCCCCCACCGAGAGUUUGUGGCUGGCUUCUGAGAGGCGGGGGGGCUGCCUGGGGAGCGCAGGGCUCCGAGCUGAGCCACCCCCAGGUCGGGCAGCGCCUCUCUCUGCAGCGAAUGCUCGCCCCUCAGCAGGCAAGGAGCCCAGGACUGUCCAAACUGCUGCACUCCUCCGCGGCAGCACCCCGAGCUCCUUGCCCAGCAGUGUGAGCCCCUGGAGCCUGUGUGGCUACCUGGCGGGGGCUGGGGACCAGCAGCGGUGUGGGGGCUAGGCUGCCAAAGUGCUUGGUGGGACCACGAAAGCGCUGCCCUGGCAAACGGCUGCUGUGGCCAGGGCCGGGCGCUGUGUGUGUGAGAGAGCGACUGGGACCUGUAUUUACUGCUGUGCUGUGUACUCGUGUUUGCAAAUAAAGGGUCCGACGCUUCGCUCCACCCCUGCCCGCACGGGUGCUGUUCCCCACCGGGCUCUGCCCCUGCCCUGCACCGCUCAGGGGUGGCCCAAGCCCUGGGGGAGCCGGGGCAGGUUGUGGGGCGGCUGCCAAGGGUGCUUGGCCAGGGCCAGAAGCCAGGCUGGCAGCCAGCACCGGGCCCUGCCUGCAGCAGCAGGAGCAGGGCUUCAGCCAGGGGAAGGGCCAGGGCUCAGCACCGGUCCCACACCACCGCUGCCAGCCCCUCACCGUCCCCUCCAGCCUGCUGGGGUAGGUGAGCCCAGGGAACAGCUCUGCCCAGGGAGGGGCUGCCAUGAAAUCCUCUGCUGCUUCAAUUCCUGAUUCAAAA